UAAUUUGCCAAAGGCGCAUGCGCAGUUGAACGUUAGCCUUCCGGAUUGAAGCGGAGAGGAAGAGUUGUUAGUCAGAAACGGUCUUUGAUUUUGUAACUGGAAAGAGGUAAUUCCUGAUGUAACAUGGCCGACGAAGAAGAGGACCCACCUUUUGAAGAAGAUACUGAAGAAACAGGAGGAGGGCCAGAUGGUGGACAGGGAAAAAGGAAACGGUUGUUCUCCAAAGAAUGUAAGUAGAUGUCAGCCUACAGUGAGAUGUAUGAUGUAUGGAUUUGGAGAUGAUCAGAAUCCUUACACAGAGUCUGUGGAUAUUCUUGAGGAUCUAGUCAUAGAAUUCAUCACAGAAAUGACCCACAAAGCAAUGUCAAUUGGACGACAAGGUCGAGUACAGGUUGAAGAUAUUGUCUUCUUGAUUCGUAAAGACCCACGAAAAUUUGCUCGUGUGAAGGACUUGUUAACAAUGAAUGAAGAAUUAAAACGGGCUCGAAAAGCAUUUGAUGAAGCGAACUAUGGCUCUUGAGGCCUUUUUUGAGCUCAUCUCAUUUUUUUGAUUCACCCUUUCUAUAAAAGGAAGCUCUGUGAAAAAUAAUUCAGAACACUGCUGCCCAUUGAAAAUUUAAAUUGUGGACUGUUUUAAGAUAUUCUUUGUAUUAUGCUGCUUCUCUUUAAAAUGCUAAAAUAUUCUUGGACAUUAUUCCCUAUUAUAUCUUGAAUUUUUUAGACUGCAACCAUUUGAGUGUCAUAAUUCUAGGUUUAUAUUCUUAUUUAACUCAUUUUUUUCAAGUGUUACUAAACAUUUCUAAGGGCCACAUAGCUAUUAUCUUUUACCUCUGUCCUUCCUAUCAAACUUAGAUUUAAAAAAUAUGCUCAUAAAUCUCAAUACUUCUAAAUUGAUCUUUUUCUCCAUGCUUCAUUUAGUGUUGUAAAACUAAAAGAUAACCUCUUUCACAGCAGAGUACAAAUAUUAGCAAGCAGGAACACAGCUUAUUUUGACUGAGGUAAUCUGACAGGAUUAAAUGAAAAGGAUUAAAAUAAAACUAUACAUUUAUGCAUUAUGUCAGUAAUAGUUGCUGAGCCAUCAAGGUUGAGUCCAUGUGGAUAGGAACUUAACAUAAGAAAAUGCAAGAAAAUGGACUUUUGGUGAACACUUAUGGCAGAUUAAAUCUCUCUAAAAGAGUGGAGAUAGCAUUGCAGCAACCAUGGUGGCCAGACAGUAAAUUCCAGCGCAGUCUUUCCAUAAAAAGGAGAGAUUGUGUGCACCCAGUUACAUUCUGGACAGCUAUUCCUUGUGAGUAAAAUGCAGGAAAUGAGAUUUUUGUAAUCAGCCUGUGAGUUGAGCAGCUGGAAGUUAGCUACGUCCACAGCUGUAAUGCAGUUCAUAUGGACAAAAGAUUUGCACAAGCCUAAUUUCUUAAAUGCUUUUGGAUAUAAUUUAUAGCUAAAGAGAUUUUGUGAGUGAUCGGAUAAGAGAAUUCCACUUGUUGCAUGAACAUUUUUCUGUAUUAAAAUGAAAAAAAUCAAAGAUUUAAAAACUUUUGGCAAAAACCUUAACAAAGAGUGGCUAUAAGAGAGUUUAAAACAGAUUAAAGGUUUUAAAGCUUUAAAAGAUUUUUCAGUGAAAGUGCUUUUGAAAAAACUUGGAAUUAAAAUAGACAAAUGAGCUGGACCUUUAUGGGAAUUAUAUAUAUAUAUUGCCACUAAAAAGUGCAGAUUAUUGGUGAAUUUUAUACAAUGAAAAAAUAUGAGCCAGAUGAUGAUGCUGACUUUAACUAUGGGAGUGCCAUCUAAGAUUAAAGUAUUAAGGGCAUGGAAAGACAAAACAAGGGGGGGGGAGUGGACUUUUUACUCUUUUCCCUUGCAAUUGAAAGACUUUCACUUUGGAUUACAAUAUUACAACAGCAACCACUACAAAAUCAGCAAAAGUAGCAGAGAGGAGUAGAGACUCACUAGAGCAAUUUAUAGAGAGGAAUUAUACCACAUUUACUUCAGAAAAUGUUUUGAAGAAUUGAGCAGUAAAUUAGCUGAACCAUUUGAUACUAAAUUAAUAAAAUGUAUUUGUGUUCUUUGUUAUCAAUUGAAGUUACAUUCUGCAUGUAUGUAAGAAAAUGAGAUGGAUAUGAAAAAAGUUAUUAACAAAUUAUAGAUAUUUAUUCAAUUUAUAAGGCACUUCAAUAGUCCAAGUAACUCUAGGCAAAUAAUAAAACAAACAAGACAGUAAUAAACAGAAACCCUGUUUUACUGUACUAUUAGAGAAGGAAGUACCAAUAAAUAAAUCUUGGUAUUGGAAUGAUAGUCUUGUACUAUAAAAAAUAUAAACAUAUGCAGUUUAGUCUCACGGCUUUUAGUGGUGAUUUUUCAGUUUCUUUUUUGUAAGUCUGAAUCUUUCCUGUUGUAGCUUUGAUAGGUUAUAACUAUUGGUUCAAAAUUAAUUUUGUAAAUUUAAACUGCAUAGAACAAUUUUUUAAAUAUUCUGUGAAUUUGUUCCUUAUCAGUGGCUAGUCUUGUGCCGUUAUAGAAAAGAUAAACAUGUCAUACAUAGUGCAUGUUUUCCCCCUUCUUCAAGAAAUAAGGUUUUUUUUCUUUCUGAGAUAAAACAUUACCUGGGACAUCUCUAAGUUGCCCCAUACUAGGACUGGCCAUCAGAAUACCAAAUAUAAUUCACAGCCAGAUUCUUAUUGAUAUUUAAACAUGGAUAGUUCCUGCAACCAUCUAAUAUUGUGAAGUGAUCUUUUGGUUCCAGGUAUUUGCUAUAGCUCUGAAGGCACUCCACUUUAUCUCUUUGGUGCUCUUUCCCUCCAUUGUCCCCACCAUUCACCCCAAUGAAUUAUUUGAGGACACUGUUACUCAAGUACUCUUAGCAGCAUUUGUUUGGCAGUGCUCCAACUUAAGUUUCAGAUGAUCUGUGACAACACUUCUACAGAUAUAAAACAUUGCUGUAAAAAUAAAUAAUUGAGGGAUGAUUCAAAUCAGUCCACCAACAAUUACAACUUGCUUUUCAACAACUUGGUCUGAAUUGGGAGGAAUGGACUUCAGCUCAAUCCAGCCUGGUUAUUGGGCUCUCCAGGUUGUGUAUAUUAUCAAUAUUGAUUUUGGAUGUUACAUAGUAACUUUGUUACUAGCCUAUUAAAAUGGACAAUGGGAGACUUUCCUUUGGUUUACGUAUUCCGGCUAGAGAUGAAGGGAAACUUAUUUGCAUAUCUAGAGUCUUUAAGGAAACCUGUUUGGAAUAGAAAGAAAGCUAGAAUAAGAUAUAAAUAUGGAAUUUAAGAUUAAAGUUAUGGGUUGCAAAGGCUUCAUAGAGAUGCGGAUUGAUUUGGAUUUUUAAGAGAUGUUAUUAGGAUAAAAUUUAGAAUUUAGUAUUGAAAUAUAGUAAGAAUUCACUCUUUGGAAUAAUAGAUCUUCCUUCUUUUCUCUUUCUUCCUCUUGGUCUGUUUCUGUCCUUUCUUACUAUUUUUUCUAUUUUCUUAUGUUUUUAUUAUUAGGCAUGAUAAUUAAUUUGUGGAGGUAUAAUGAGAAAAAGAUUGCAAUGAUGGAAGAGAUGAAAUUAACAAAUGAAGAAUUAUUGAAUAAGAAACAGAAUAUAGUUAAGAAAUGUAAGAAUGUAAUGAUGGAAAUAAUAUGUUUAAAUAAGAGUUAAGUUAGGGACAUCCAAAUGGUAAAUAAUAUGUCUGUUUAAGGCUAAGUUGGAUAUGGUAUCUGGAAAUUAAUAAUAGCUGAAAACAGGAUUUUGAUUUACAUAGGUAAUGGGUUGCUGAUAACUUUUAUUGAUUAAUGGAAUUUUUAUUUAGGAAUGUAUUAACGAAUGAAUUUUAUUUAGGAAUGUAUUAAUUUGACUAUAUUAUGUUAAUUGAUAGAGAGGGAAAUUUUAAGAAGUAUUAUUUGAGCUGUAUAUUUAUGAUGUUAUUGUAUUCAACUGAUUACCCUAUCUCCACAUUGGUUCUUAAGCUUCUUGGUGCAAAAAUAAAAAAACCAAUAAAAUUGUUUGAAAAAAAAAAAAAA